AUGCUGGAAAGAUUUGCUCAGCACUUCGACCAGUUGUUAAAUCUGCCUGGAAACGUGGAUAGUGCUGCUCUUGCGAGCAUCACCCAACGUCCAACAGUCCACGUACUGGAUGAGCCCCCAAAGAUGGAUGAACUUCUGAAGGCGAUCGCAGCAACUAAGGAAAGCAAAGCUCCUGGAUGUUGUGGGAUACCUGCAGAAGUAUGGAAGUAUGGUGGUACAACACUCAAAGAGAGGCUGCUAGAUGUGAUCGGAGAUAUCUGGAUAGGAGAGAAGAUUCCACAAGAUUGGAAGGACGCGAAUAUAGUCCCUAUAUUCAAGAAAGGCAGUCGUAAAGAGUGCGGCAACUAUCGCGGCAUUUCUCUACUCUCAAUCGCUGGGAAGGUGAUGGCUCGAAUACUCCUCAAUCGUCUGAACGAAAUGAUAAGUCCCAGAAGGCGGCUUGUGGGCAGUACUGAAAAGUUUGGCUGUACUGAUAAGAUUAUCAAUCUCGUGAAAGCGUUUCACGAAGGAAUGCAAGCUAAAGUCACUCGUGGGAGCGACUGCUCUGAGGGAUUCGCUGUCUCAACAGGUGUAAAGCAAGGGUGUGUGCUGGCUCCGACACUGUUCUCAUUCUACCUGGCUGCCAUGCUGGAGGUUGCCUUCGAGGACACAAGGGAAGGUAUCUACAUCCAGACUAGACAUGAUGGGAACCUAUUCAACGCCUCACACUUCAAAGCUAAGACACGCACAACACGUCAGCUUGUCAGAGAUAUGCUUUUUGCAGACGACUGUGCUCUGGUUGCUCACAGUGCAGCAGAGAUGCAGGCAUUGGUGGACAAAUUUGCACAAGCUGCCGCUAUGUUUAGCCUCAAGAUAAACAUCAAAAAGACUGAGUGCCUCUACCAGCCAGUAAAGCUUCUACUCCCUCCCCCAAAACCCUGUGCAAUCACCAUAGACGGACAGCCUCUUGUCCAGACCACAGACUUCAACUACCUGGGUAGUACAAUCUCCAGCAAUGCUAAGAUUGAAAAGGAGCUGAGGAACAGAAUGGGAAGGGCGAGUGCAGCGUUCAGUCAACUAAACGAUCGGCUAUGGCAAAAUAAGCAUGUCUCGACCAGAGUUAAAGCCAAGGUCUAUCAGGCGGUGGUGCUGACAACACUCCUUUAUGGAGCAGAGGCAUGGACAAUCUACAGGCUUCAAGUGAAGAAACUGAGUGCGUAUAUGAUGAGACAACUGCGGGACAUUCUGAAGAUAUCAUGGCGGGACAAGAUCGCAAAUGCUAAGAUUCUCCGUCUGACUGACCUGCCACACAUGGCUGACAUGCUGAUUCAAAAGAAUUUAAGAUGGAUUGGUCAUGUCCAUCGUAUGGAGGGAUCUCGUUUACCACGCCAGCUGUUGUACAGCCAACUAGUAGAAGGGAAACGAAACCAAGGCCGACCUCGACUCAGACUCAAAGAUGUCAUGAAACGAAAUCUAAAGAGGAGAGACAUCAACGUGACAACCUGGAAGCAACUGGCUGAUAACAGACCGGCCUGGAGAGCUUCAAUCCAACCAUAG